CUAUCAUUUUGACAGCUGGUUUUUAUAUUUGCUGGGGAUGCCUUGUAUGGGUGCCUUCUAUAUAUACUUCUCCUGGCAUGUACCUGGUCAAUCAUCCUGUACACCUUGGAACUCAGUUGGCACUCUACAUCCUAGUAGCAGGCAUUCUUUGCAUAUACAUCAACUACGACUGUGAUAGGCAAAGGCAAGAGUUUCGCAGAACAAAUGGCAAAGCUUUGGUUUGGGGUAAAGCUCCAUCAAAGAUAACUGCCACUUACACUACCACAACUGGGGAAACAAAAAGCAGCAUUCUUUUAACUUCGGGAUGGUGGGGAUUAGCUCGACAUUUCCACUAUGUCCCAGAAAUAUUAGCUGCAUUUUUCUGGACUGUUCCAGCUCUUUUUAACCACGCUUUACCCUACUUUUAUGUGGUGUUUCUUACAAUCCUUCUCCUCGACCGGGCGAAAAGGGAUGAUGAUCGGUGCCGAUCCAAGUAUGGAAAAUACUGGAAAUCGUACUGCGAGAAGGUUCGGUACAGGGUCAUCCCCGGAAUUUACUGAGAAAAUGUUGCACAAGUGUUUGUUCUAUGUUGAGAAUGGCAUGUAUAUUCAGCCUUUCCAAAUUAAAUGAUGGCAGGCUGGUAUCAUGUUGUUGUUAUUGUUGUUUUUGUAAUGGUCAACUUUAUGGAUGUUGUAUUUCUCUCAUCUUCAAUGACCAAAAACUUUUCUUGUUUAGGAAAA